UCCACUGUUCACUGUUUAGCCAUGGAAACUAGCUUUGUUAUGCAUGAAACUGCCGUUUAAACCAAAUGUGGCUUCACCCAUUUCUCCAGAAUUCAUGGGUUUAGCUAGGGUUUAUACGAAAAGUUGAAACCCUUCUCCCGUAUAAUCACCCACUGACCUCCAAUUUAAAUUGUUUAUGCUGUUCUGUGAAAAUGGGAUUUCAGCUUGAACCUGCAAAACAGCCCAAAAAAUGCUUGCUUGAUUGUUUUUGUAAUCUUCAGUGAACUUCUAGAACUGGGAAAGUAUUCUCAGCUCUAAAGUUUUCUCCUUUAUGGGAAAGAAAGGGUUGAUUCAUCCUUCGUCGUAAACAUUUAGCACAAAAUGCACAUAAUUAAGGGUGCAUGGUCUAUGCCAACAAUCGCACUUGCUACUUGCAAGGACUCUAGGGGAAAGAAGACGAGGAUUAGGCGCUCAAAGGAGGAGAGAAAAUCUAUGGUUGAGACUUUUAUAAAGACAUAUCAGAAGUCGAAUGAUGGGAAUUUUCCUUCACUUCGUCUUACACACAAGGAAGUCGGUGGCUCAUUCUACACAGUACGAGAAAUUGUUCGAGAAAUAAUUCAAGAAAACAGAGUUUUGGGCCCCUCUAAGUUAAAUUCGGAAGAGCAGACUGACCAAAUCUUUCUGGAACAACAUCCAUUAGGAUCCCUCUGUACUGAAUCUCAUCCUUCUUUGUCAUCAACAGGUGAGAUUCAUGUUAUAACGGGCACAAUUGGAAACGAUGUUUUAGAUUCCAGCAGUCAUUUUCAUGGAGCGGAUAACAGUUUAGAUAAUGGGAAAACUGUCAGUGCUAGAAGUGGAAGAAGCAAAGGGAACGAAGGAUGCGAAGAACCAGCUGAUUUUAUACAUGAUUAUAAUGGAAACAUCCAAGAACAGCUUUUGCACUCUAAUCGGGAAUUCCCUGUGUCAUAUGAUCAGAAGUUUCACAAUGGAGAAACAUUUGAUAAAGAUGAGAAUUCGAGUAAAUCUGGUACAGUCAAUAAUUCAUCUCUUCAUCAACAAGAUGCCACUGGUUUGAUGAGUGUGCAGGUUGAUGUUACGCUAGUAGGUCCAGUGUCCGAAGGAAAUACUGAUGUGGCGAAAAGGGAAACCCUGCUGGAAUCUGGAGAGUCGUCUUUGCAAAUUUCAACUUCCUCUUCAAACGAAAUAGCAAGUGAUACUGAAUCCAAAGCUGAUGAUUCAUCUGCUAUAAUUAAGACGUCAAAUGAUAGUACCAACAGUUCCCAGACAACAUUGGUUGCCGAGGAGGAGUCCCUUGCAAUCAACAAUCCACCUAGUGUUCAACGAAAUAGUAUCCACCAGAAAGGACACAAUCCUCCAGUCAGUAGACCAAAUCCUGAAACACGGAAACCCAACAAACCCGAAACCAAUCCUCUACUGGCCUUAUUCAAGGCCUUCGUGACUGCUUUCGUGAAAUUCUGGACCGAAGAAUGACCCAAACUAUUUUCUAUUUCUCUCGAAAACAGACAGUUUAACCGUCGUUUUUCACAGCUGACUUACUCUUUACCCACUGGCAGCCUGGCAGGACAAAGGGUGUCGCUUUUGUGUUAAAAAAUAUGCAGUAGUUGACUUAGUUCCCUGUGAAAUGAUGAAGAAUGUGAAGGUAGGGAGGUUUGUUUAUUUGUUUGAUUCUGGGUUUGCAGAGUGCAGUGCAUGUGAAAGAUGUAUUUACUAUUUAAUUGUGAUGAAGAUUGAGAGAAGAUGGGUUGUGCCAUGCUCUUACCACAAAUGAACAAAUCCUACUUUAUUCCACUAGAGAUGAAAGAAGAACAUAGGAUUCUAUGCUCCAAAAAUGUGGAUUGUCCUUCAAACAAACAGCACAUGGAUCCCAAGAAGGAACACUACCAUUUCUUGUGCUUAUCCCUUUCCCUCACUAUUAUUAAUUGUCAUCUCACCAUUUCAAGACAGCCGUAUCUCAUUAAUAUAAUGUCUUGCAUUCUCUUCCAUU